AUGAAAUUCUUCACCCUUCUCGGUUUUGUCUCCUUGACUCUGGCGCUCGCCACCAAGCCAAUUGAACGCGAUGUCAAGGAAGAGAUGAAACAUCCUUCUUUUGGAGAUGUUAAAUACACUAAGAUUGAUGGUACAGACGUUGGUUCUAUCAAAGUUACCAGGUCAGAUGUCCAGGAACGAGGUGUCGUCAGCCUGGAGAAACGUCUUGAUGGCAUUCAUGUUCCCUACGGCGUUGCGGAUCCUCAACCCAUGCUCAUGGCUGGAGUCACUAUCUCAUUCAUCAUGGUCGCACAGUGGGUGAGACAAGGAGGUCAUAAUGUUUACACCUACGUCUGUAAUGGCCUCAAAUUCUCGAACCCUACUUCCCGGAACAAGGUCGUCUCUGUGGUAGCUAAUGGAGUUGCUGUUCUGAGGAAUCAGCCAGUCCCGGCUCGUUUGGCCGCCCAGAUUGGUGCGCCAGAGGAAGGGUAUGGUAGUGAAAUUUCCAUCAUAGUCGGAAACUCCCAGUAA